AUGAUGCAUUCGCAGUCAAUUGUGCUCACAUGGUUGCUCGUCAUCGCGGUGAGUACUGAUGCGACGAAAUACAAGAAUGUGAAGGAACUGAGCGAGAAGGAUGUUGUGGGACAGUCAAAAUGCAUUGUACUCUUCACCACUGCGAAUGAUACCGACAAUCUGAAGGCACUCGAUGAGGCUGCUGCGCAUUUGCCAUCCGGGGUCCGCAGUCGAUAUGUCCUUGUAAAGACGACUAUUGACGAAGCGUUAAAUACCCCCGAAUUAGAGAGUGUCAAGACUCUGUUCGCUGAUGUUGAUCAAUUACCAUUUGUCGACUACGUUAUCACAGCAAGUCUUCCAGCUAAUCUGACUGCGAACUUCACAUUCGGAAGAAAAGUCGAACAUUUGAAUGCAACCGAAAUUCCUGAUACGUUCAGUAAAGUGAACACAAUUGGGGAUGAAACCUUCGAGCUGUACACCAAAAUAAAAGACAUCCAAAAGUUGGCCAAAGCGGACUCUUUGAAUGAAGAAGAGCUGGCACCGAUCUACGCACAAUUCUUUAAAAUCACAUCUGGAUCAAUCGAGAAACUGGCUCAACUCAGUGCGCAGUUGAAUAAGAAUGGCACAACUAAAUCCAAUCAGAAACAAAAACGCUCAACGUUAUCCUUCAAGUUCUGUUCACGACUUCAAAACGUUGGCACAUUGUGCGUUUGA